UCGUCUCCUUCCGGUUUCCGCCGUCGCCGGAGACGAGGAGGCGAGAAGGGGGCGAGGGCGCGCCUCCGCAGCCUCCCUGAUCGGCGCGAUGGAAGGAGAAGCGGCUGCGGCGGAAGUGGCCGAAAGAUUGUUGAAAGCAAAGGAGGAUGAUAUAAUAUUGCCAGAGGAUCAAGUACCAGAACAAUGUUGGACGAGGUUGUUUGCUGCAGCACGCGGAUUGUGGGGGCGGGUGUGUCUGUGGUGGGAGGGGUGGUCUGCUGAAGUACGUGAGUGGUGGGAGGCCAAACGCCUGCAGUGGGAGGAGCGGUUUGUAGCAGCACGCGGGUGGUGGAGGAGCGUGUGCCCAUUGAGCAGGCGGUAUUCUCUGCAAAGGCCGGCAUUUGUUGGUCUUCUGGAGAGCGCAGCAAAUGUAACUGUCAUGGCUAUUCUUACUCUGAACAUAUACAGUGCAACGUUUUUCCUGGUUUGGGCGACUCCUGACAAUAUCUGCCUUGUGGGGAAAGAUCACACAUUUUCUGAUAACUUGAAGAAGACUGUGAAGAUUAUCACAGUUUGUCUUCCGUUUUCCGUAUGCCCCUUGACGCUUUACAUUGCUGGUCAAGCCAAGGCGUUGCAACAUGAUCAACGUGGCAUGGGCUGUGUAGCUGGGCUGGUUAUCAUUGAGUGCAUUUACAUCCUCUUCCUUGGGGCACUGAUGACGGUGUGCAUGUCAGAAAGAUCUUAUAAAGCUGUGGGUGCUGUAACUGCCGUUCUAGUCGUCCUUCUUGUUGUGACCUGGGGGUGUUGUUGCUAUCACCCAAAGUGUCUAAGGUAUGUAGCGGUUCCAAGUUGUUGCUGUCAUGACAUAGAUGUGGAGGCUGCUGGUCAGUAGGAGGAUUUGAAAGUUGCUUAAGGGGUGCUGGUCAGAAGGAGGAUGAGGAAGUUGGAUAAUCAGAUUGCGCUAAUCUAGGUUCAGAAUUUUCUCUGGUCUUAACAUUCUUAAAUAAUUGAAUCUAAACUUGUCUGUUGGAUUGCAAGUCAUGAUGUAGGAAAACGUCUUGUCAGAAGAUGACAAAGGAUAGGUUGCAUACCGGUGAAUUUUUCAGAUUGUCAUUGCAACCAUCUUGACUAGUAGCACAUUUUCUAGCCAAGUAUUUGAAUUUGUGUUAUCAGAUGCU